AUGUUUGGACAGCGUUGUAAAGUAUUUAAUUCUAUUUUAAAUAAUUUAUUGACUCGUCAAAGAGUAAACCUCUUCUCAUUUUCAAAAAUGUCAGACGAAGCAGCAAAAGCGCAAACAGCAGCGCCGCCAAGUGAACCGACUGACACAAUUUUUGGGAAAAUAAUUAGGAAGGAAAUUCCGGCAAAUAUAAUUUAUGAAGAUAAUGAGGUACUCGCUUUCAAGGAUGUAGCUCCUCAGGCGCCUACACAUUUCUUGGUCAUUCCGAAGGAGCCAAUACCGUCAAUGGACAACUGUGAAGCAAAAGUGGGUUUUGUUUUUAGCAUAUAGUGUAGGUUGGUGGAAACGAAUUGGUCAGGGUUUCUCUAUCAGGAAUUGGCCUGAAAGGAAAAGUUUAAGAAUUUUGGCAUCAAGAGUGGAUACUUACUAUGUAGAUUUUUUGUUAGAGGUCCUGAAUUUUUCCCAUUUCGAAACUGAACGAACGAAUAUAAAAUUUUUUGGUGUAAUGUCUUC